AUGUGGAAGAGUUCCGAACCGUGUUUUAGGACACGUUGGCUGUACUAUCAGAAGAUGGACGCCAGCAGUGAAGACUAUCCCCAUGAGAUUGAUGAUCAAUUGACGGGUUUUGAUGCAGCUUCUUCAAGUGUUCAAAGUGUGGUGGACACUUUAAUUUCAAUGCCAAGAAAUGAUCUUCUGCAAAAGCUGGAUCCACUGGAUCAGGCGAAACUUGAUCUUAUGUCAGUCUACAGUUUGAACUCUUUAUUUUGGAUGUACUUGGUCACUCAAGGCAUCAAUCCAAGAGAGCAUGGCAUCAAACAGGAGCUGGAGAGAAUAAGGACCUAUAUGAACAAAGUUAAAGAAAUUACAGAUAAGAAGAAAGCGGCUCGUUUAAACAAAGGUGCAGCGUCUCGCUUUCUCAGGAAUGCCCUGUAUGAUCCAGAGGAGAAGAAGGCGGCAAAGAAAGCAGCAUCUAAGGCUGCGGACACAUCCUCAGAAACGCCACAAACAAAGAAGUCAAAGCAAAUCUGA